AUGGCGAUAACUAAGAAGCGUCUGAAAAACACUGUGAGAAACAUUAUUUUUCUGAUGAAAAGUGGUCUUAUAAAACACAAGAAAAUGGAAGAUUUACAUAUGAUGGUGAAGAAAUCGGGAAAAAAGCUAGCAGAGAACUUUGCAGGUUUGAUGGUGCAUGAGAAGCAGAGAUCUUUGGCUCAUUUGGGGCAUUAUGAAUUUUCAUGCAGCAGCAGAAAUCGGCACGAUCUUUAUGAAGCUUUUACACAAUAUCGUCGUUCUUUUCAUGCUACUGAGAUUGAAGAUAGUGAUGAUAGCUUGAAGGAUAUGAAUAAUUCUGUGUGUGGGGAAGAAGAAAAUAUUGAAGAAAACGACGUGGAUAGGAAGGCGGAGGAAUUCAUUGCCAGAUUCCAUGAACAACUUAAAUUGCAACGCCAGAGAUCACUAUCAAAAUACCAGGAAAUGAUUUCAAGAGGUGCAUAUUAA